AUGUAUCAGAUCUCCAGCUCUUAUGGUCCUGUAGCUAGAGGUGGCCUUCGGCGUCCAUCCUAUCUAUUUCUGCGCCAGAUUAAUGCGGCCUCAAUUGAGCCGUUUUUACAAAAAGCCGCUCAAUGUGGUAUACCACUUGCAGGUGGUAUCCGUACCGGUUGUGCUUUUUGUUCGUAUGUCAAAAGUUUUGGCUUUCGGUUAGUGAAAAUUGCAGGUACCGUAGCUGCUAUUGCUGUUGCCGGUGUUUCUGUCGUAAUGUUCGGGUAG